AUGUCGUGGCAGGUGAGCUACUUCUCGCCAACGGUCAGCGCCAUUGACAACUACGAGCGUGGAAAGGGCGCCAGCAAGUCGCCAGCGGCCACAGCGCUCGUCUACCCAGAAGAGCCAGCACUGCAGGUGGAAGAAGACGAGGAGGGGUGGUGCCGAGCCCUGCUGAGUUACAGCGUGCCUCUUCCAGUUCCGGGCUCUCGCCUGGCGGGUGAGGAGCAGGAUCGAGUGGCCAAGAAGGCACUGCGAUCACUCCAAGGCACCUUGGAGGAGGAUUUCGCAGGCGUAGAACGGACCAUUCCGGGCGUAUCUUGCCAUUUGGACAGCAGCGCGUUUGGUGUGGACUUGUCGAUCAGCGAGCGGGACUUUCUGCAAGGCCAACGACGAGAGCCAGGAAAGGCGCCCACCACCCAAGACAAAGAUGAAAUGAGGGUGGAGAAGAAGCUGCGCGAGAUCUGCACGCUGAAGCGUCGCCAGGUCGAUGGUGAAGCCUUGGACAAGCUCCAGGCGGAAAAGAUCGCCAAGAGAGGGGAGCUUUUCCGCGAGGUCGCUGAGCUGAAGCUGAGAAGGGCAGAGAAGGAGCUCGUGAAACUCUUCAAGGGCCGGAAGAAAGCCUUUCAG